UUCUCCUCCUCUUCUAUGGCCCCUGUUUGGGACGUCUUCUGAUUUAGCUGCUAUUCUCCCUCCCCCUUUUCCGUGUUUCUACUCCCUCUCCGUCGAGCUCGCACCUAAGGAGGAGGAGGAGGAGGAGGAGGGGACGAUGGGGAGGUACGCGGAGCUCUUGGACAUGGGGGUGAGAAUAGCGGCGCGGUUCCACUCCCACUGCCCCCAAACGGCGCGGAUGUACUACAAGCCCCCCUCCACGCCCACCAACGACGACGACGACGACCACCCCGGUAAGAUCACCGCCGGCGCCGGCGCGGAAGGCCCAGAUGCUGCCAUGUCAGCGCCGGCGACGACGUGGCGCGCCGCGGCGUCGUCGAUGUCGUCGGCCGGAGCUCGCUUGAGGGUCAAGAAGCCCUUCGACACCGCCCAGAUUAUUCUUUACACCGUUGUUUGAGUACUACCAAAAAAAAAAUAAUAAAAAAAGAAAAGGAAAAAAUAUAUACAUGUGAAUUUGUGGUGGUUCGAAUGCGUUGUUUACAUCCUAUGAAGGGAGGAGAGAUUAUUACUAUUAUUUUUUCUUUAUUAUUUGUUCAGUUUUUUUAAAAAAAUUUACAGGAAUUUUAUGAGCAGCAAAGUGUUAUUUACU